AUGUUCAACGGACCGUACCGGGAAACACCGGGUUCUGUAACCCUUCAAUCAACUGUCCCAAUGGAAUACAGUCGAGCAGUGUUAACAAAUAUUUGGCAUCAGAAACGUGAAGCAGAACCGAAAGAUAAUGAUAUUAAUACACUUCCUAUUCGAAAUAUGCAUAUAUCAACAUACAAACAAUUAGCAACCGAUGGAGAAACGAAGUUACCUAAUCCGACGACGAAAGAUCAACAAGAACAACCAUUUCUUGAACGACCUUGGUACGUUGAACAAGAAUAUCCCCGUAAGAUGAUCGAUCAGGCCAAUGUAAACUUUGCCAAUGCCACAUUAAACGGAUUACUUCAACGAAGUGAUUCACAAGUGACUGGUAAAGUCUUACCACCACGAAAUCCUCCGAUGCAUGGUAGUGGACCAUUAGAAUCAACCUAUCAUGCAGAUUAUUGUCCACCUUAUCCAUACGAAAUGAAAACAGUUGCACAUUCGGAUUAUGCUGACAAAAGCUAUCCGAAAUAUCCCGAUAAAUCCUGGGGACAUCGAAGAAUGAUUUCACAUUUCACCGACCUAGAUCAACCCAAACGAACUGGCAUCAACACAUUUCAUGUUCAACAUGCACAAUAUGAAAAUGAACAGAUGCGCCGCGAAUUAGGUCAUUUUCAACCUUCCCAAAUUCAGUGA